CAACUAAUUUGUGGCAGUUUUGUAUAUAAAAACCCAGCGGGUAUCGUGGACAGAUACGUGUAGAUGCAGAUAUGGAACCAAUUAUAGUCGAUGUGUGGCCAACCCCUUCCAGUAAGCCUUAUUUUUUACGAGCUGUCAGAAGGUCUUGUAGCUCGUCCAGCCGUAGCGCAGAAAGAGGAAAUAAAGCAGGCGUCCGUUUGCGGAAUGUAUUUCGCUUUAACUCACCAGAGUGUUUCUUUUUAAUAAACAGUAGGCCUUAAUUAAACAGUUUUUUUUUAUUUUUUAUUCUUUUAAUUUUAACUUGAAGUCUUGUUUUCGGCAGUUCGGUGGGCCCGAGUCGGCUUCUUGCUGCGGGAGACUAUGAGCAGGUGAUGAAGGUGAGAUCGUGAACUGAAAGUGCCUUGUCAAACCACGUCCUACUUGAAGCUGCUGCCCUUCUGGAAGGGACCGUAGGCUGAGCCGCACAGGACGAUACCUCAGCCGCGACGCCCUGUCGCUCAUCGCGCUCUGGCCUGGCUCCCCGCGACAGAGACGCGCUCCAUCAGACAGCUCACACUGCGGAGUGGGAAACCCCGCCAAAGCACAAGAGGAAGGGGAGACUCCCCUGGAACGCUUUAAUCAAUACCAGCACGCAGUCUGCCUGCACUUAAUAUUCUAUCAAGGAGUGCCAUAGCCUCGAAAUAGCAGUAGCCCGCCGGCAGAAGGACGCACGCUCCUGGACGGUCGGUCAGUCUAGUGCGUUACUGAGCAUGUUCUUUUUUCGGGCCAGCCUGUGGGACACUCUUAUUGAUGAGUAGCUGUUCACUAAUAGAUAGCUCUCUCCGCCCCCCCAUGCUGCUGCCUUGUGGGUUGUCGCUCCACUGUCUGUGAUCUGAAUUUUUUAUUUUUUUUUCUGCAAACAAGCAGGUGGCCAGCUCCCGAAUUUCUAAACACUCCACCUCCCACCCACAUGCGCAUUGCUUUUAAAUACACCUUUUAAACCAAUAGAAAUUCUCUGUCUCUUUCCUCUCUUUCUCUGUUUUCCCCAAACCUCCAUAGCCCCCCUCCCAAAAAAAAAAAAAGUUUUUGAUAUGGCUUUAAACAUUACUUCAAUAAGAGACACAAAAUGGCUGACACUGGAAGUGUGCCGGCAGUUUCAGAGGGGAACCUGUUCACGUAGUGACGAGGAAUGCAAAUUUGCACACCCACCCAAGAGCUGCCAGGUGGAAAAUGGAAGAGUUAUUGCCUGCUUUGACUCGCUAAAGGGCCGAUGCACGAGAGAGAACUGCAAAUACCUUCACCCACCAGCACACUUGAAGACCCAACUCGAAAUAAACGGACGGAACAACCUGAUCCAGCAGAAGACGGCGGCGGCCAUGUUGGCCCAGCAGAUGCAGUUCAUGAUCCCGGGCACCAGCAUGCAGCCCAUGCCUACAUUUCCGGUAACCCAAGGUCUAGGAACGAGCCCCGGAAUCAGCUACACCCCCUACCUGAGCCCCGUCAGCCAUGGGAUGGGACUGGUUCCCGCGGAGAUGCUGCCCAGCACCUCGGUCAUCGUGCCCGGCAGCCCGCCCGUCACGAUGCAGGGCUCCUCUUCCACCCAGAAGCUGCUGCGCACCGAUAAGCUGGAGGUGUGCCGCGAAUUCCAGCGCGGUAACUGUGCACGGGGCGAGACCGACUGCCGCUUCGCACAUCCCAGCGACAGCCCCAUGAUUGACACGAGCGACAACACGGUCACUGUCUGCAUGGACUACAUCAAGAGCCGCUGCUCCCGCGAGAAGUGCAAGUACUUCCACCCGCCGGCACACCUGCAGGCCAAGAUCAAGGCCGCGCAGCACCAGGCCAGUCAGACCGCCGUAGCCGCGCAAGCGGCUGCCGCAGCCAUGACUCAGUCGACUGCCAAAGCAAUGAAGCGACCCCUCGAGGCAACUGUAGAUCUGGCCUUCCCGCACGGCAUGCUGCAGCCCCUCCCUAAGCGGCCCGCUCUGGAGAAGAGUAACGGCACCAGCGCACUCUUCAGUCCCAGCGUUUUGCACUACCAGCAGGCCCUGGCCAGCGCACAGCUCCAGCAACCUGCCACCUUCUUCCCCACAGGGUCAGUCUUGUGCAUGACUCCUGCUACCAGCAUUGUACCCAUGAUGUACAGUGCUACGCCUGCUACUGUCUCUGCAGCAACAACUCCUGCCACAAGUGUCCCCUACGCAGCAACAGCACCAGCCAAUCAGAUCAUCCUGAAGUAACGAUCCAGAAAGGAGCGGAUUGUCCAGAUGCUGCACUAAGAAGCUCGAGACAGUCCUUCUGUAAAUACUACCUUUCAUCUUCACUAGAGCUACAGCAACCUGCAUGCUAAGCGUAUAACAAAUAAGGAUGAAUCAUUAACUGUAACAUUGAGUGCUGUUGUAAUAUAUACAAAUAAUGUAUAUGUAUUGCUAGGAAAAUUAUCGACAUGUAAAUGAUACAGUCAAAAAAGAUGAUGUACAUACAUUAUAUGGAUGAAGGUGAAAAUUCAUCUUAAUGAUUGUUUGCAGAUGUUCUCUAAAUAUUGUGGGAUACAUUCUUAUUUGGGGGUUGUUUUUAAAACUCUGCACAAACUUCAUCCUUGGGAAACACCUGAUUUGCACUGUCGGGGAAAGAAAGAAAAAAAUAUUUUUAAAAAGUGCUUAGUGUUAAGCUGCAGAUGGUUUUGAACAGGAAAAACAAGGACCGUAAUGCCCUUUGUGGUGAAGUCCUAGAUGUUCAUUCGUUGCACUUGACUCGUGAGUCAGGCUGAAGGGAUAGAGCACUCCUUUCAUUCUUAUUUCUUAAAACCCUGAAUGUCAUAGUAGAUACCCUGGUAUUUAUCUGGUGGUUGGCUGCUUUACUGUGGUGUCACUGCUCCCCCUCCUGGCUCCUUUAUGCUCCUGCAAGAGGCGGCGAAGGUAUUUCCCGUACCUCUCCUCAGCAGAGCUGCGCUACUGCUAGCCACCACUGGAGUGCGCACUGCCAAAUAAAAGCUGAAGAGCGAGUCUGAGACAUGCUGAUGGUGGGCACCGGCUCGUAAAUUGCUCCCCCCCCCCCCCCCCCCGAUGUCAUUUCGCCUAAGCUACAACAGGCCUGCGUCACAGCUUUGGAAGAGCAUCUCCUUGAGCCAAAAAAGUGUUUUAUUUUUUUAAGGGAUGAGGUGGUAUCGUGGCCAUCAGCAGGUGGUUUGCCUCCAGUAUUGUGCCAAGGGCUUAGCCGAGCCGGAGAGCUGGUGAGACGCCAAGCUACUCGUGUCCGUCUCGAUGUCUGCAGGCAGACUGGAAUAAGCAUACCGCCAAACAGUAGACUGGGAUACCGGUGUCUGGUGUGCCGUGGGCCUCUGUGGGAGGGGUGCCUAGCCUAAGCGCCGGAGCUAUGGGGCAGUGACACGAACUACAGGGCCAGGCUCACUUAAGGUGCAUCAGAUGGUUCCUGUCAAGCAGGACGGCUUCCGUCGGGGGAGAGAAGCCGCCGGAGACGGCGGCCGCUCUUCUGCUGUCUGCGAUAACGCUGCUCCGUCUCAGAAAGCGUAGAAGUGCCUAAAAAGUUACACACGACAAGCGUGUCAAAGACUAUUUGCCGAAAAAAAAUGUGCGAGAGAGUGUAAAGGAAUAUCACGAGUCUCUUAAGAUAUUAAAAACAGAACCUUAUGUACGCGUCACACUUCAUUCAGUUUCACGGUUAAAGGCACACUGAUGCGUUUUCAUGUUAUUACCAAUGAUACAAUAAUUAUCGCAACCUGCAAGUCUGUAGGAAACGAAUGGAGACCCACUUGGGCUGGAUGUUUCGUAACACACCGGUGGUUCGCAUUAUGUUCUACAUGUAGUUUACAUGGCAGAAGUGACUGAAAGCAGCGAGUGAGUACAGGACGUGUCUAGUUAUGCAUUUAAUGCUUGUAAUUCAUUCGUGUCUUAGUGUUAACCGUCAUUGCAAUGUAUUCAAAACAAAUGUAGCUCGUUUUGUGUAAUGACCAUUAGAGUAUUUCAGUUCAGCGUAUCACAGUAACAGUCUAUCGUCUUAAUGACCUGAUGGUCUAACAUUUAAUCACGAACACAUAGUCCAACUACCAUAUUAUUACCUAAUAUAUUUUGUAAAUUUUAACCUCAAGUCACAUUCAGUACUGUCUAAGACAAAUAACAUCACAUUACAGCCCUUAUAUCCCGCUUUUCUUUUCUGAGUGUGUGUGUGAGUGUGUGUGUGUAAAAGAAGAAAAUCCUAUCAGAAUCAUGAUAUAUUUUCAUGGUGCUUGAUUAACACAGACAAUCCACAGUGAGGCUCCUUUAGUUCAGCAUAUAUACGGCACUAUUCUGGUUUUUUCCCCACUUUUAAGUGCAAGAUAUUUUUUUCUUCUUCUUCACAAAAGUUACAGUUUUAAUGUAAUUUUUGAUGUGGAAAGUGAUUAAAUAUAUUUUGUCAUGAUUUUUUUUUUGUUAAAUAUUAGUAAUAGAAUGAUGUUGUAACCUAUUAUAUUUUAAACUGAAUGUAAUUUAUUAAGAUGUGCUUUGUUCUGCUGGUGGUUCCUCAAAAGGCCAGUCCUGUUCGAUCAGCCAGUGAGACGUCUGUCUGUAAUCAGAGAGGGAAUGUGAGAGCUACCAAUCAGAAGCUCCGGGUCUUUUUCCCGUCACCCCGCCUUGCCACCAACACAGGACAGCGCAUUACAGUAUGAGCAAGGCUUUAGAAUUGCUUGUAUUAUAUAAAAAAUGUUUAUUGUAUAGGUAACAUUUUACCAAAAAACAAGGAAAAAUUUAAAAAGACGUACUUUUCACUGUAGUAUGGUAGUAUUUCAUAACAAUAUUAAGUUGUUGCCGUGGCAACUUAUAGUUGCAAUGACUAAAGUCCUGUAUUUUUGUAAAUGAUGUUAUUGUUAAGUUGACCUUUUUCCUAGUACACUGUACCACAAUAGAUUGUAUAACAGAUAUCAGAACAUUUCCUACGUUAUGUCAAGACUAUAUACAGUAAUAAUUUGAGUAGCAUUUAAUCUCUUCUUUAUCAAUAUAUAUUUCUUUUCAUUUAUGAAGCUAAGUAAGAUCUUACCAAUGACAUUUAGUAUGAAAAUGUAUCUUAGGUAAUAUUCUGUCCCACCUACAAAAUAGCCAAGCAGAGAAUCUCUCUCUUACUCGUGUAGUAAUGUUAUAAGGAAUCGCUGGCGCCAUAACAACCAGCAGAAACGAAUAAUCACGUGAAAGUAGUGUUUGACAGUUUCACUGGCGUUUAGGUUUGCACUAUGUUCCAAUGAUGAUAUAAUUAUUGUAUAUUGUGUAGGGUAUGGCAAAGUUGACAUUGAGAUUUUGUUAAUACUGUAACUGUUAUCACUUGUUACCUGUUACUAUCAGUGAAUCUGUCUCCGGUUGACAUCUUUCUCGAUAAAUCUUCACAAACUGAAUGCUUAUUUCAAUAAGAAUUGUGUUGAAUGUCACUAAUAAUACAAAGAUGUGUCUGAGGCAACCGUAAGCUUGUCUCCAGUCAUUACAAAAUAACAAAAUGUUUUGAAUGCAGAGUAAAAAUGUACUGACGCUGAAUGAUUUGAUGGUGAGAGAAAUGAUUAAGCACUUUCUGAGCAGACAGUGAACUGCUCAGACCUGGCUUAUCGGUAAACUUUGCCUUACCUUUAGUGUAUUGUUCUUAAGAUUUCAUGUUUCAGAGUUCUUAAACUAUAAUGGGUUGUACAUGGUCUACUGAAAUUACUCCUUCAUUCAUGGUGCAUUAGCCUUUUGGGUGCAAGGCCUAAAUGGUGGAUGGCUGUGAAGCAAGAAGCCGUUCAGUAUCACGUUCCUUCAGGGUGAGGAGCCUGAUGGUGAAGCAACUAUGGCCUGUGUGUCACACAAAACAUGCAAAAGUACUGCGGGUGUAAUAUUUCAACUGCUGUGUCACUUGAUUCCAUCUGUAAUACAGUAGUCCAUCUACAUGGCAAAGAGAAAGAAAGGCAAAAAUGUUAAAGGAGCCCUUUUUGGAUUCUAUUAGUUUUAUGUAACCAUUUUUACAUGUUUUAUUUGUGCAUAUAUUAUAUAGUUAAAAUGUUUUGGUUCUUGCAAAAAUGGUGUAAAACCUAUUAAGACAAAACAAAUAAAAAUACAAUAAUACAA